UGUUGGGUAAACGGAAGAGAUGAUAUGACUACAAAACCGAUCUUCAUGCCUUGCUAGGUUUAUUUUACUUGUAGCGAAAUAUGCUUUUGUUUUUAGGAUUUCUUCUGGUACUUUUUAAGCCAAUAUCUUCAUCAGGAUGUGGUCAGCGGCCACCAGGAGCGAGAGUCAUAGGCGGAGAUAUCGCUGUACAAAACUCCUGGCCGUGGCAAGUCUCGUUGUCGCUGGGUAACUAUCACACUUGUGGAGGGUCAUUGGUCGCGCCCACGUGGGUUGUGACGUCAGCACAUUGUGUGGUUGUCUUUCCUUUGCCAUACCUCUAUAAUGUGAUUGCAGGUGCCCACAAACUUUAUGGCAAAACUCCUGUGCAGCAGAAAAUCCGAGUAAAGAAUAUCCACAUACAUCAAAAAUAUAAUAAUAAAACCUUGAAGAACGACAUAGCACUGGUUGAAUUGGAAAAACCUGUUCGACUGAGCUCGCGCGUCAACACUAUUUGCCUUCCACAAAUGACCGAUGGGCUUGGAAGUACCAACAGCAAGUGUUAUGUUACAGGUUGGGGACAAACUGAAACAGAAGAAGCAGCAAGUUAUCUCAAGGAGGCUCAACUUCGAGUGGUAAAUCCCCAUACGUGCUACGAGAAGAACAAAAAAUACCAUUCAGUGGAUCAGAAGACCAUGAUUUGCGCAGGAUACCGUCAAGAACGAGGUGGUUGUCAAGGAGACAGCGGUGGUCCGCUUGCCUGUGAGGAGUAUGGACGCUGGGUGUUGAGAGGUGUAGUCAGCUGGGGGAGGUGGGACUGCUCUACGGAGUAUUACACCGUGUUUGCGCGUGUUAGUACGUUUGUCCCUUGGAUCGAAGACAUUAUGGCAGGUAAUGAUGGAAGCUCUACUUUAGGCUGCAGUAUAAAAGACCAGGAAAUUUGCCGUCACUUGGAGAGUGUUUGUUCAGUGAACGCUGCUGUACGAAAAAUGUGUCCCAACAUGUGUGACUCAUGCAGCGAAGCAGAAGGCGGUGCUGGUCAUGUUGACUGUAGUGAUGUGCCUCAAAUUUGCUAUCAAUUGAAGCAGCGAUGCAACGAGGCCAUCGUAUCUAAAGUCUGUACUAAAGUCUGUAAAGGCCACU